UUUUUUUUUUUUUUGCCCUCUUGAAAUAGUACUUCCAUACACACCCAGCUUUUUCCCUUCUCAGAAGGAUUGGAGAUAUGGAAGGACUUUUCCGCCCAUUCACCGAUCCGGCCAGUAGGGCCUCGGACAGGGCAUUCCCGCUGGAUGACAAGGACAUCGACCGCGUAUCCGACGAAUCCCUCAUCAACCUCUUCAAGUCUGCUCCGAUCAUUUACAAGCUCGGCCAAACGAGGGUGGUGCGAUUGUCUAAGGAUCUCGUUUUAAAAGGCGGCGGCAAUGUGCUGCCUUGUGAGACAAAUGUCCUUCAACUAGUCGCAUCAAAGUCCAAUAUUCGAGCUCCUCGUGUCCAUCGGUCUAUCCAUUUCAACGACAAUACGAAAUAUUUUAGCAUGAUGGGGUAUAUUGUGAUGGAUUAUAUCGACGGUGAACCGCUUGAUCGCUGCUGGAGCGACCUCAGUGAUGAACAAAAGAUGGAUGUCGCGAAGCAGACGGCCCAGAUGAUUAUUGAAAUGCAAUCCAUCAAACUAUUGGAGCCAGGUCCAAUCGGCGGGGGCCCAUGUCGCGGUCGCUUCUUCACGCACUACAGUGCCGGGCCUUUCAAGGACGCGGCUGAAUUCGAGGGCUGGUUCAACCACAAGUUGGACAUCUGUAAACACUACAAGCACGCAUCGUCAGACCUUCCGCCCUUCAAGUUCACCGAGUUUGUUCUCACCCACCAGGACAUCAGUCCGCGAAACCUGGUUCUGGACCGAAACGGCCUGGUGUGGUUCGUGGACUGGGCAGAUGCGGGUGCGUAUCCCCCGGCCUUCGAGAUGGCAGCUCUACGCUAUCAGUCUCAGUUCACCGACUUUAAUGACAUGGUGCUGUCAUUACUCCCGCGAUACCCUUUGGAAGAACAGCAAUUAUGUUCUAUUGAAUACGGCCUUUUAACAGCUGCAUUUGCUUGAUUAUUUCUGGAUGGACAGCAUUCAGGCUAUAACACUACUUGAGAUGCAGCAUACGGCCCUAGUAUACCUAGGUAGUGUCUAUCGAGAUCUGUCGUUAGUUGAACUUAGGCGCGAGGGUUGCUGGACAGGAAGUUAAAGCCUAACGCGCUUUAAGUCUCAAUUUAAUAUAAUUAGUUUUUAUUAUUAGUGUUAGAUAUUUCUUAAUUUCAAUAUAUUUAUUUUGAUUCUA